GAGAACAACCCAGCCAAGUCCACUAGUGUGUGUAGUGUAGCGUGUACCUCUUGUCCACCCGCUCGCUUCACUUGCAAACUUGAGAAAAGAUCCACCUUUUCCGAUACCGGUCAGAGUAAGGUAGCAAAGCAGUGGGGGUCAUGGCGGGCUUCUUUCGUCCGAUUCUCCCCACAUGAGAUUAUCGCUCGGCGGACUAGCGAGCGGAGCGGAGCGGGCCCUUGCUUACAAAGAUCCGAUCCAUGACUCUCUUGGCACGGCAGCCGUUAUCUUAGUGGUUUCCAGGACUGCUGAGCAUCCAAGUGCGUUGAUGGCCAAACGUUUCUACAUUAGUCUAGGCCAUACUAUUGCAGUCGUCUGUGAAAUCCAGAUAGUUAGUUUGUUCAUUGUCGGGUUAUCUUGCAGGUACAAGCCGCGGUGGAUGCCGAACUCGCAGAGGCUAUUGUGCCGACGGUGCUAUUGGAAUAACGCAUUGACCGGUUCGUCCAACCUAGUUCCACCCACAAACUUUGUUCGUGCCCCUCGAAUCUCUCCAACAGAUGGUUCCCUAGCUUUGCGGUGGUGUAAUGUCUGUGCUAGGUACCGGUCUCAACUGAUGUAUUGGAUGGUCUGGGGUUCAACCUGGACCUUGGAGAGAAUGCACACGUGACAGACGUCCAUUCUCUAGCCCCAGUACCCCAGAUACACGACACCAUGGAACAGGC